UGAGGGUCGAACUCAGACCCCACAGCCUCAUCAGCACUGGCGCGAGUAGGCCCGAGAGCCGAGAUGAGCAAAAAGCGAGACAACCGCCCUCACGAGCUCGAGAGCCAGUUCAUUCUGCGCCUGCCCCCGGAACACGCCUCGACUGUCCGGGAAAUCAUCCGUUCUGGAGAUCCCACCAUGAAGGAUAAACUGAAAAUCGACCUGUCUCCCGAUGCGCGGCAUGCUGUUGUGCAGGUCGACAACGUUUCGCUGUCGGCCAGGGUCGUUGACUUGCCCUGUGUCAUCGGGAGCCUGAAGACUCACGAUCGGAAGACCUUCUAUAAAACGGCCGAUGUUUCCCAGAUGCUGGUGUGCAGUGCCGAGGGCGGUGGCUGCGCUUCCCCAGAAGAGCCGGCUACUUCCGCUGGUGCCACCGCCACAGGCAGGCAAGGGGAAAUGGAGAAAAACUAUAUCUGGAAGCAUGGCAUUACACCACCACUGAAGAAUGUCCGAAAGAAGCGGUUUCGGAAGCCUGCAAGAAAGCUGCCCGACGCGAAGCAGAGCGAAGACAGCUGCAGUGGCUACAUUGAUUCUAAGGAGGUGGAAAAGGAAGUGAAGAGACUGCUAAGGUCAGACGCCGAAGCCAUCAGCACCCGAUGGGAAAUCGUUGUAGAUGAGGAGACCAAGGCAGUCCAGAGUCAAACCCAUACUCCAGGGCUUCCGGUACCCACCGAAAUGAGUGGUCCUAGCUCAUUGGAAUGUGCUGUGCCUCAGAGCACGUUCGGUGAUUCUAGCCAUCCCGAUGACGAUCAAGAUGAGGAUGAGGAUGAGGAUGAAGAGGAUGAAGAUGAGGAGGAUGAUGAUGAAGACGAGGAGGAGGAGGAUGAGGAGGAUGAUGAAGACGAGGAGGAGACGGAAGGUGAUUCUGAAGAAGAUCUGGAAAGGGAGCUGCAAGCCAAAUUUAUUGAGUUUAACUUGUGCGAAGCUAAGGAAGGUUGUAGUUCAGUUAUCUUGGGAAUUCAGAAGCUGAUACAUCACAAGGAGAAAAAGCUCCAAGAGAUUCAGGCCAAAGCACAACGACAGAAAGAUCUCCUCAGUAAAUUGGAAAAUGCGACCCUCAAGAGUCAUUUCCAGGCUGUGCUAGAACAGCUCAAGUUGCAGGAGAAGCAGAAGUAUGAGCAGAUCAUUUUCUUACAGGAACAACUGCAAUAUUUUUUGAAGAAGUAAGAAGACCCUGACUCCAUCAUCCAGACUGAAGACUUGGUAAAACUGUGUGUUUUCCCUAGUUACCUGAUCUUGCAUUAAUUUCUUUUCUUUGAACAUUUUGCUAAUUGUAGUGUUUUAAGCACACAGUCAUGUAGAGAAGGGCAGUAUAAAAACGUGAUAACUCAAAGGGUUCCAACUGAUUAUGGGGCUUGGCUUCUUCUCUCCAUUAAUUUGAGAACUCAUGUAUUGCUUCUUAUGUUCUAUCAGAUCAUUUAGCUGUGUUUAACAAAGGGAGACAGUAUAGCUUAUAUGGCCCUACAGCUAGUUCACAUAUAUUUAAACUGUUUAAGUAUUUGCUACAGCAUAGAAAAAAUUUUCUAGGUGUGGUGGCCCACACCUGUAAUCUCAGCACUUGAGAAGUUGAGGCAGAAUGAUAAAUUCAAGGCCAGCCUGGGCUACCUAGCAGCUUACUGGUUUACAUAGACCUGUCUCAAAACAAAGAAUCAGUAGAUUCUAUUGAGGUAAAGACUACUUUCCUGCUCAGGUUUUUUUUCUUUUCUUUUUUUGUGCAACUGAUUUUGUACUAAUGUUGCCAGUUGUGGCAUAGGUGUUAUCCUUAUUUUAAAUUUCUUUAUCUAAUUUUACUAGAAAAGAUUAGGAAAAGGCAGAUGCCUGUAAUGCCUAUGAAGACUUCCCUACCAAU